AUAAGCCAUCAGUUGGUACUUGGGAUCCCAAACAGCAAAGCAGGGGAACGUAGCUGCAGGCAGCAUCCUGCUGGGAGCAGGCAUUGGUUCAGCACUGACUGCUCCUGUCUGCACAUUGCAACAGGUACCAACGGGAGGGCAGGGCAGGAGGGGUAAGGAAACGCAUUGGAGAAGGGAAGGCGUGCUUAAGUUUGAAAGUCAUUUUAUGAUAGGCGUAUGGCACUUAGUGCUUGUGCUGCCAAUGGGGGGGUGGUUUUUGGGGUGUCACAGGUGGCACACAGCACCCUGCGGCGCGUCGCCCUCUGCCAUUCCCUAUCCAUCGCACUGGGGAUAAAACCAGGACUGUGGUGCGGAGUGCCGGGCUGAGGGAUGCGGGUGCCCCUGGUGCUGUGCUUCCUUGACCGCUCCCCACGCAGCUGGUUUGAGCGUGUGAGCAUGCUGGUGAUCCUGCUCAACUGCGUGACGCUGGGCAUGUUCCACCCCUGCGAAGACAUCGCCUGCGACUCCCCGCGCUGCCGCAUCCUGCAGAGCUUUGAUGACUUCAUCUUUGCCUUCUUCGCCGUGGAGAUGAUAGUCAAGAUGAUCGCGCUGGGGAUCUUUGGGAAGAAAUGCUACCUGGGGGAUACGUGGAACCGCCUGGACUUCUUCAUUGUCAUUGCAGGGAUGUUGGAGUACUCACUGGACCUGCAGAACGUCAGCUUCUCGGCGGUGCGCACUGUCCGCGUCCUGCGGCCGCUCCGGGCCAUUAACAGAGUCCCCAGUAUGCGCAUCCUGGUGACGCUGCUGCUGGACACGCUGCCCAUGCUGGGGAACGUCCUCCUGCUCUGCUUCUUCGUCUUCUUCAUCUUCGGCAUCGUGGGAGUCCAGCUGUGGGCAGGAUUGCUCAGGAACCGCUGCUUCCUCCCUGAGAACUUCAGCAUCCCCUACGCAGUGGAUCUGGAGCGGUACUACCAGACUGAGAAUGAAGAUGAGAACCCCUUCAUCUGCUCCCAACCCCGUGAGAACGGGAUGCGCUACUGCCGGAGCAUCCCGACGCGCAGGGAGGAGGGCCUGGAGUGCACCCUGGAUUACUACUCCUACAACGACACCACCAACACGUCCUGCGUCAACUGGAACCAGUAUUACACCAACUGCUCUGCCGGGGAGCACAACCCCUUCAAGGGCGCUAUCAACUUCGAUAACAUCGGCUAUGCCUGGAUUGCAAUAUUUCAGGUCAUCACACUGGAGGGCUGGGUGGACAUCAUGUACUUCGUCAUGGAUGCACACUCCUUCUACAACUUCAUCUACUUCAUCCUGCUGAUCAUCGUGGGCUCCUUCUUCAUGAUCAACCUCUGCCUGGUGGUGAUAGCCACGCAGUUCUCCGAGACGAAGCAGCGCGAGAGCCAGCUGAUGAAGGAGCAGCGGGUGCGCUACCUGUCCAACGCCAGCACCCUGGCCAGCUUCUCGGAGCCGGGCAGCUGCUACGACGAGCUCCUCAAGUACCUGGUGUACAUCGCCCGGAAGGGCAGCAAGCAGCUGGUGGAGCUCUACCGGGUGGCGGGCGUGAGGAUGGGCUUCCUGACCAGCCCUGCCAGCAAAACGGGGGCUGAGCGGCACGCUGGCAAGCGUCGCUCCAGGAGGAGGUCCUCGGUGCACCACCUCAUCCACCACCACCACCACCACCACCACCACUACCACCUGGGCAAUGGCAACUUGCGGGCGCCCCGCGCCAGCCCGGAGAUCAGCGACGUGGACACCGGCUCUCUCCACAACGGGACCAACCGGCUGAUGCUUCCCCCAUCGGCCCCAAGCCCCCACAUGGCUCCCACCGCCACGGCCGGCGGCACUGAAUCCGUCCAUAGCAUCUACCACGCCGACUGCCACGUGGAGCCGGUGCGCUGCCGGGCGGCCCUCCCGCAGCCGAGCCCAGAGGACGUCCCCAGGAGCGUGGUGAUGGGCAGCAAGGUGUACCCCACAGUGCACCCCAGCACCUCCCAUGAGGUGCGGAAGGAGAAGAGCCUGGGGGAGGCAGCAGUGGGGGCAGGCAGCAGCACGCUGAGUGGGCUGAACAUCCCACCUGGGCCCUACAGCACCAUGCACAAGCUGCUGGAGACGCAGAGCACGGGAUUCCUUUCAGUCCACGUUACAGAUAAAGGUGAUGGAUUUCGAGGUCCCUGCCCAAGCUCCUGCAAGAUUGCCAGCCCCUGCACCAAGCUGGACGGCAGCUCCCGCAGCGCCGAGAGCUGCCCCUACUGCCUGAAGGCAUUGGCCAACGAGGCCGAGCAGACAGACAACGAGACGGACUCGGACAGCGAGGGUGUGUACGAGUUCACACAGGAUGCCCACUACAGCGACCAGCGGGACCCGCAGCGCGGCCGAGCCUGGGCCAGGAGCAGCAGCCGCGUGCUGGCCUUCUGGCGUGUGGUGUGCGAGACCUUCCGGAAAAUCGUGGACAGCAAAUAUUUUGGCCGUGGAAUCAUGGUGGCCAUCCUCAUCAACACGCUCAGCAUGGGCAUCGAGUACCACGAGCAGCCGGAGGAGCUCACCAACGCCUUGGAGAUCAGCAACAUCGUCUUCACGAGCCUCUUUGCCCUGGAGAUGCUGCUCAAAGUCCUCGUUUACGGCCCCUUUGGCUACAUUAAGAACCCAUACAACAUCUUUGAUGGGAUCAUCGUGGUGAUUAGCGUGUGGGAGAUCGUGGGGCAGCAAGGCGGGGGGCUCUCGGUGCUGCGGACCUUCCGGCUCAUGCGGGUUCUGAAGCUGGUGCGCUUCAUGCCGGCCCUGCAGCGGCAGCUUGUUGUCCUCAUGAAGACCAUGGACAACGUGGCCACCUUCUGCAUGCUGCUGAUGCUCUUCAUCUUCAUAUUUAGCAUUCUGGGGAUGCACCUCUUUGGCUGCAAGUUUGCUUCCGAGCGGGACGGCGACACUCUGCCCGACAGGAAGAACUUCGACUCCUUGCUCUGGGCCAUCGUCACCGUUUUCCAGAUUUUGACCCAGGAAGACUGGAACAAGGUCCUCUACAACGGCAUGGCAUCCACCUCCUCCUGGGCAGCACUCUACUUCAUUGCCCUCAUGACGUUUGGGAAUUACGUUCUCUUCAACCUGCUGGUGGCCAUCCUGGUGGAGGGCUUCCAGACGGAGGGGGAUGCGUCCAAAUCUGACUCAGAGGGCGAGCUCUUCAUCCGCAGCCUGGAAGAGGAAGGUGGACUGAAGAAAAACUUGUCAAACCCACACCCAGAGCUGAAGAAAAGCCUCACCCCACCGCUCAUCAUCCACACUGCCGCCACGCCGAUGCCCAUGCCCAAGAGCGCCGUGUUUGGGGAUGCAGCGCAGGGCUAUGAGUCACGCCGGGCCAGUGGCGUCUCCAUGGACCCUGCUGCCUACGAGCUCAAAUCCCCGCCCAGCGCCCGCAGCUCCCCGCACAGCCCCUGGAGUGCUGGCAGCAGCUGGCCCAGCCGCCGCUCCAGCUGGAACAGCAUCGGCCGGGCGCCCAGCCUCAAGCGGCGGGGCCAGAGCGGCGAGCGCAGGUCCUUGCUGUCCGGGGAGGGCAAGGAGAGCUCAGAGGAUGGGGAGAGCUCGGAUGAGGAGCAUUCCAGCCGGGCCGGCAGCGUCAACGGCUCCUUACCUCAUCGCAUGGAGUCGCUGGAAGCAAAGGGCUCCUUCGACCUCCAGGACACCCUGCAGGUGCCUUCGCUGUAUCGGACCAGCAGCAUGCACAGCAGUCGCACCUCUGCCUCCGAGCACCAGGACUGCAAUGGGAAAACCUCUCCUGGCCUACUGGUCCAUCAGCUCCACCUGGACGACCCUCGGCCAGACUGCGAUGAUGCUGAUGAUGAAGGCAACAUGAGCAAAAGGGACCGCAUGAAGGCCUGGGUGCGGGCACGUCUCCCCACCUGCUGCAAGGAGAGGGACUCCUGGUCCAUCUAUGUCUUUGCUCCUCAUUCCAGGUUCCGUCUGAUGUGCAAUAAAAUCAUCACGCACAAGAUGUUUGAUCACAUCGUUUUGGUGAUCAUCUUCCUCAACUGCAUCACCAUCGCGAUGGAACGACCCAAAAUCGAGCCUCACAGUGCUGAACGGAUCUUCCUAACGCUCUCUAACUACAUCUUCACAGUGAUCUUCCUGACUGAGAUGACAGUUAAGGUGGUGGCACUGGGAUUGUGUUUUGGGGAGAAAGCCUACCUGAAGAGCAGCUGGAACGUGCUGGAUGGGGUGCUGGUCCUCAUCUCCGUCAUCGACAUCCUCGUCUCAAUGGUGUCAGACAGCGGCACGAAAAUCCUGGGGAUGCUGAGGGUGCUGAGGCUGCUGAGGACACUGCGGCCCUUAAGAGUCAUUAGUCGAGCCCAAGGACUGAAGCUGGUGGUGGAGACGCUCAUGUCAUCCCUGAAGCCCAUUGGGAACAUUGUGGUCAUCUGCUGUGCCUUUUUCAUAAUCUUUGGGAUCCUGGGAGUUCAGCUUUUCAAAGGCAAGUUUUUUAUCUGCCAGGGGGAGGACACCAGAAACAUCACAAAUAAAUCGGAUUGUGCAGAAGCAAGCUACAAAUGGGUCCGGCACAAGUAUAAUUUUGAUAAUCUCGGCCAGGCCCUGAUGUCUCUCUUUGUGCUGGCCUCCAAGGAUGGCUGGGUGGAUAUCAUGUACGAUGGCCUGGAUGCAGUAGGAGUUGACCAGCAGCCAGUCAUGAACUACAACCCGUGGAUGCUCCUCUACUUUAUCUCCUUCCUGCUCAUCGUGGCCUUCUUUGUGCUCAACAUGUUCGUGGGGGUCGUGGUGGAGAACUUCCACAAGUGUCGGCAGCACCAGGAGGAGGAAGAAGCCAAGAGGAGGGAGGAGAAGAGGCUUCGCCGGCUGGAGAAAAAGAGAAGGAGUAAGGAGAAACAGAUGGCUGAAGCACAGUGCAAGCCCUACUAUUCGGAUUACUCCCGCUUCCGCUUCCUGAUCCACCAGAUGUGCACCAGCCACUACCUGGAUUUGUUCAUCACGGGCGUCAUCGGCCUCAACGUGAUCACCAUGGCUAUGGAGCACUACCAGCAGCCCAAGGUUCUCGACGAAGCCCUGAAGAUUUGCAAUUACAUCUUCACCGUUAUCUUUGUCCUGGAGUCUGUUUCCAAGCUCAUUGCCUUCGGGUUCCGCCGCUUCUUCCAAGACAGAUGGAACCAAUUAGAUCUGGCAAUUGUGCUGCUGUCUAUCAUGGGUAUCACUUUGGAAGAGAUUGAGGUGAAUGCUUCGCUACCAAUUAACCCCACUAUUAUCCGAAUCAUGAGGGUUCUCAGGAUUGCUCGAGUGCUGAAGCUGCUGAAGAUGGCUGUAGGCAUGAGGGCUCUGCUGGACACCGUGAUGCAAGCGCUGCCCCAGGUGGGGAAUCUGGGUCUUCUCUUCAUGUUGUUGUUUUUCAUAUUUGCAGCUCUUGGAGUGGAGCUCUUUGGCGACCUGGAGUGUGAUGACACACACCCCUGUGAGGGGCUGGGCCGACAUGCCACCUUCCGCAACUUCGGGAUGGCCUUCCUCACCCUGUUCCGCGUCUCCACAGGGGACAACUGGAACGGGAUAAUGAAGGACACCCUGCGAGACUGUGACCAGGAGUCCACCUGCUACAACACCGUCAUCUCACCCAUCUACUUCGUCUCCUUCGUGCUGACGGCCCAGUUUGUCCUGGUGAACGUGGUGAUAGCUGUGCUCAUGAAGCACCUGGAGGAGAGCAACAAGGAGGCUAAGGAGGAGGCAGAGCUCGAGGCAGAACUGGAGAUGGAGAUGAAGACCAUCAGCCCUGGCCAGCACAGCCCCUCGGACAUCUUCACGUGGAUGGGCGGCGUUGGUGGCGAGAGGCCCGAGAGCCCCCGUGGAUGCCCCCAUCCCCUGCAAAUCAAGGUGGAUUCUCAGCUCUCGUUAGUUUACCCUAUGGUGAGAAGCUUGGCUGGAGGGUGCGGAGGGGCUGCUUGUGUUUCUGCUGGGGGAAGACGUGCACGAGGGGUAGUGAAGGAGCGGUGUGCUGUGCACCGGGGUUUGCCUUCCUCACUGCUCUGUGGGGCAUCCAGGAGGAAGCACAGGGCAGGGCUUCAGCCUGCCACGGUGCACAGAGCUUUGCAGUUUGUUCUGGAGAUGUGCCUGAGCUGCCCCGUUCAGAGCUAA